GUAGUCGUCCAUGAUCGAGCACUUGCUUUGUUAACGCUGACAAUAUUAUUCUGUAGUUAUGAAGACCAGGGGGAUAAAAGGCAACACUUACAUUAGGAGAUCAUUUAAAUUCAGGAUACAAGCUGGCAUGUUGCUGCUAAGUAAGAACAAUAUAUACUUUAAAAAAUAUAUACAAACACGAAGCAGUCCGCAUUGAUUGAACCACCUGUGCAUUCAGACACAACGUGAAAUCUCAAUUGAGAUCAGCAACUCCUUUAAAGUUCACCCUUUAUGUCCCCUGGAAUGAAAUGUCGCAAAUAGGUCAGCCCACAUCAUCCAAUCUGACUGAGGGUCACCCCGUGACAAAUCUGACUUUGGUUGUCCUGUUGCUGAUACCCUGCGUGGUCAUCCUGCUUCUGCUCAACUGCCUGUUUCUGGGUUACAAGUUACUGAUCCUGUCAAAGAACAGACACAAGCGAGAGGACACAGAGGAGAUGCUUCUGCAGUCCACCCUGCACAGAGUCAGACGAGUAUCCGACGUGGCUUUCCCCCCGCUGCAGGACGGGAGGAGGGCCUACAUGUCUCUGUCGGAGCCGGUCCUGCCCCAUCCUGUCACCUCUUCCAGGGCAUCGUCCAGGGAGAGAGCCGGGGUGGAUCACAGGUUCCGGCUCCUGAGGCCGGAUGGCGCCACCGGUUCAGGGUCCCUGAGGGCGCCGAGCACCAUCCGAGCUGCUUCUUCUGCGGCUGGUUUCACCCCGAGACUCGACCAGGCCUCCGGGUCACGGACUUACAGCGUCAGUAAAGGGGGCUGGUGUAAAAGUGCACCAGUUCUACCGCAGUCCAGUGACUCAGAGGCUGAAACCAGAGUGAACCUGGUGCCGCCAAACUCUCCAGUGCAGACAGAACAUGUGGGUCUUAUUCGUCGGAGCAGUACUUACGAGAUGCUGACAGAUGUGGUCCCAGGUGUUGCAGCAUUUGACAAAGCAGACGUGGUGUGCGAGUACACCAGCCCGCCUUCAGAGGCAUCCUGCCUGAACACAUCUGCAGUGGGUCCUGGACUGGACAGCGACUUUGGUGCAAGCGCAGGAGUCUCCCUGCGGAUUCUGUCGGCGGACAGUGACGGUCUGUCAAACGGCGUUCUGGCUUCAGCGUUGGAGUGGGAUUAUUACGACCCCUGCUAUGUCAAGCAGAAUAACGUACCCAAACAUAAACAUCACAGGCCUGCGGUGCACGCCAAACAGUACUGGGUGUAAUAAGUCUCAGUAGUAGUUUUAAUGUUUGUUUUAUUAUUUAUUUCAUUUAAAUAACCUAUGAUUUUAUUUUUUUGUUGCCAAGUCUUUAUUUAUUCCACUAAUUAUCACUAUGACUUCACACUAGUUUAAACCGACAAUUUGAUGAUUGCACACUGAACACACACUUAAUUUGUCCAACUGUGAAAUAUUUUCUCUGCACCUUCUCUUGAGUUAUUGUGAAAUAUUUGCUGUGUGUUUCCUUCACUUACAUCAAUAUAAAUUAGAGUCACUGUUUCACAUUAUAGCGGGCUGUUCAGCCUGUUCACGCUACGAUUUAAAUUCACUUCUAUUGUUUGAAACGUUUUCACUCUGACCAAUAAAGACUAAUUUAGUAAAGUG